GCGGCGGCUGCGCUCAGCCCCGGAGCCAGGCAGGCGGCGAGCCGGAGCUCCGCGGCGGCGAGGCCGGCGGGGAGGGCGCCCGGCCCACGCUGGCCGCCUGGCCGCUGAGGAUGGCGCGGAAGGGGGCCCGGGCGGAGGUGUGCGCCGACUGCAGCGCCCCAGACCCCGGUUGGGCUUCCAUCAACCGUGGAGUGCUGGUGUGCGACGAAUGUUGCAGUGUCCACCGCAGCCUGGGGCGCCACAUAUCCAUCGUCAAGCACCUUCGGCACAGCCCGUGGUCUGCCACAUUGCUGCAGAUGGUGCAUACUCUUGCAAGCAAUGGUGCCAAUUCUAUAUGGGAACACUCGCUGCUUGAUCCAGCACAGGUCCAGAGCGGCAGGCGCAAGGCAAACCCCCAAGAUAAAGUCCAUCCCACAAAGUCUGACUUCAUCCGUGCCAAAUACCAGAUGCUGGCCUUUGUCCACAAACUUCCGUGCCGCGAUGACGAUGGUGUGACCGCGAAGGACCUCAGCAAGCAACUGCAUUCAAGUGUCCGGACAGGGAACUUGGAGACGUGUUUACGCCUUCUGUCCCUGGGGGCCCAGGCCAACUUCUUCCACCCGGAGAAAGGGACUACGCCUUUGCACGUCGCUGCCAAGGCAGGACAGAUCCUCCAGGCGGAGCUGCUUGUGGUUUACGGAGCGGACCCUGGAGCACCUGACGUGAAUGGCCGCAGCCCCAUAGAUUAUGCCAGGCAGGCGUCCCAACACGAGUUGGCUGAGCGGCUGGUGGAAUGUCAGUAUGAGCUGACAGACAGGCUGGCUUUUUACCUCUGUGGGCGGAAGCCAGAUCACAAGAAUGGACAUUACAUCAUCCCGCAAAUGGCAGACAGCCUGGACCUCUCUGAGCUCGCCAAAGCAGCGAAGAAGAAAUUGCAAGCGCUGAGCAACCGUCUCUUUGAGGAACUCGCUAUGGAUGUGUACGAUGAGGUGGACCGUCGGGAGAACGAUGCAGUGUGGCUCACGACACAGAACCACAGCACUUUAGUGACGGAGCGGAGCGCAGUUCCUUUCCUUCCUGUAAACCCCGAAUAUUCUGCAACACGCAACCAGGGACGGCAGAAACUCGCCCGCUUCAAUGCCCGGGAAUUUGCCACCCUCAUCAUUGAUAUCUUAAGUGAGGCAAAGCGUCGGCAACAGGGCAAAAGCCUCACCAGCCCCACAGAGAUCCUCGACUCCUCUCUCCACGGCCCCAGCGACCUCCAUGACCAGCACGACUACGACAGCGUUGCCUCGGACGAGGACACAGACCAGGAGCCGCUUUGCAGCGCUAGCGCCGGGCGCAACAACCGUGCUCGGAGUAUGGAUUCUUCCGACCUCUCGGAUGGGCCCAUCACGCUGCAGGAGUACCUGGAGGUGAAGAAGGCGCUGGCCGCCUCUGAAGCGAAAGUCCAGCAACUCAUGAAGGUGAACAACAGCCUGAGCGACGAGCUGCGGCGGCUGCAGAGAGAGAUUCACAAGUUGCAGUCGGAGAACAUGCAGAUCCGUCAGCAGGUGGGGCCAGUCCACCCUGCGGCCCCGCCCCCCAGCGAGCGCCCUGAGCACAGCCACGUUGCCUCUGCGGCCGCCGGAGCCCACCGGCGGGACCGCCACGCCUUCUCCAUGUACGAGCCGGGCACCAGCGCGCUCAAGCCCUUUGGCCAGCAGCCAAUGGAUGACCUGGUCACUCGCCUGCAGCCGUUCCACCCCGGGGAGGUGGACAACGAAGCCUUGCAUUCCAUGCACAACCAGACCAGCGUCUAUCGGAUCCGGAAGGGUGGCUCCGUCUCCUCGAUGCCUUUUCCUCCAUCGUCUCUGCUCCUGUCGUGUGGCCCAGAGAGCGGACGUCACGCGGCUGGAAAACUGGACCGGCACGGCAGCGGCACAGACAGUGACUAUGACAACACACAGGGAGGGGAUCUGCCACUCAGCAUGGACGGGAAGCGCUUCUUGGACCUAGGCAAGGAUGACGACUUGCACCCAGAACCUGAACCCCUCGAAGGGGACCUGGAUCCUGGCCUGCCCAGUACGGAAGACGUCAUCCUCAAGACGGAGCAGGUCACUAAAAACAUCCAGGAGCUCCUCCGAGCCGCCCAGGAGUUCAAGCACGACAGCAGCUUCGUCCCUUGUUCAGAGAAGAUUCACGCUGCCGUCACAGAAAUGGCGUCGCUGUUCCCCAAGAAGCCGGCUCUGGAGACAGUCCGCAGCUCCUUGCGCCUGCUGAACGCCAGCGCCUACCGCCUGCAGAGCGAGUGCCGCAAGACGGCACCCCCCGAGCCUGGCGCCCCCGUGGACUACCAGCUUCUGACGCAGCAGGUCAUCCAGUGUGCCUACGACAUUGCCAAAGCGGCCAAGCAGCUCGUCACCAUCACCACCCGGGAAAAGAAGCAGUGAAUUAGGGGAGGGGGGACUCAGUUCCUGCUUGCGCCUCCUUCCCUUCCCCCCCACAGGGGUGGGUGGGUGGUGGUCUUGCAGCCACUUGCAAGUGUCCUUUGCCCACCCGCCCGCCUCUUCAGGCUUGGGAAGUGCAACAUGUUGCCACUCGGGGCUGUAAAUAAGAGGGGGCAGGAAUCAGGGGCUCCUUUGGGUGGCCCCUGUGGUGUUGGGUGUCUGUGCAGCAAAGACCCCCCCCUGUACAUACUCUGUAAUCUGACUACCUUUUGGUGGGAGGGGACUCCAGCAGGCAGCAGGCCCAACGGUCAGAGUUGUAAGCUAGCAAACAUCCAGAGGGCCACAGAUUCUCCAUCCCUGGUGCAACUCCAGAUGUUGCUGGAUGCCGCCACCCAUCUGUGGCCCUCUGGAUGUUGCUGGAUAGGACUCCCAUGCUCCCUGACCAUUAGGCCUGCUGGCUGUGGGAGUUAGGGGUCCAGCAGCACCUGGAGGGCCACAGGUUAGCUGGGGGGGGCAUGGGUGCUCCUGAAGGGAGUUAAAUCUAACCCCCUCCCCUUUCCUCAUCUUCUCUCCCUCCCCAAAUAGUGCGUGGAACUGUAUGUAUGUGAACCAUUCCCAUCCCCUGUGCGCACGCAUAAAUAUAUAUAUAUAUAUAUAUAUAUAUGUAUAUGUAUAUAUAUAUAUAUAUAUAUAUAUAUGUAUAUGUAUAUAUAUAUAUAUAUAUAUAUAUAUAAAACACCAAAUGUAUUUAUCCUUGAACCUCCCCAAUAGUGUUAACACUGGAAUUACAGCAUCCGGAUGCUGCAGAUAGUGGCUUCCCCCCCUUAAAAAAGCAACAUCUGGCCGUGUCAGUUUCCCCUCCCAUCAUUUCCUUUGGGGCUGUUGGUUCGGGGCUGGCUUUGCCCCCCAAAGCUAAGAACCAGCCCCCACCCGGCCCGCUUUUCAGUCUUGGCUGCUAAACAGCAGGCCCUUCCCUUUGACUGACCAAUUUCUCCCUGAAAUCUGUGACGUUGCGGCCAGUGAGGGAGAUGGGGUGGUUGGCGGUGUAUGGGGGGGGUCUGCAUCUGGGGGUGCUGCGCCGGAAAUCUUGUUUGUCCUGUAAAUUUGUAACAAAUAAAAAGAUGUGAGCAUCAGA